AAGCUGACCUUGACGCUCUGAAAAGAGAGUCCUUGUUGAACAGUACGUGCAAUUAACAUUUUCCAUUUCCUUCAAAUCUUGCAUAUUAGAGCAAACAAUCGUACCAGCCUAACACUGGGCCUUUCAUUUGGGAAGCUGUUAAAUGUAGUUCUAAUUUUUACUGCUUUAACAAAAGGGGAUAACGAGGGUGUGGAAGCGACACUUUUUAAUUGCACUGUAAUGUGAAGGUGCCUGAGGGAGUUGGCACUCAUUGAAAUCAGAAUCUGACAAAGCAAUCUAUGAAAGGAACGGGUUGUCUGAACAAAAGGGAGCCAGUUCAGCAGCCGUGGUGGCUCUGGGUAACCUCUGUGCAGGUCACUGUUUUGACAGCAUGCCAUUUCUCUCUGCACAGGACAUGGGACAGGCUGCUAAAUCAGCAAGGACCAUCGUCAUCUCUGGUGUUCCAGAUGGUGUUCUGAACGAUGAUGUCAUGAGUGACAUUCUGGUGAUUCAUUUCCAAAAGGCAAAGAAUAAUGGUGGAGAUGUGGAAGAAGUGAAAUAUCCAACAAGGGAAAAAGGAGUUGCAUAUAUAACUUUUGAAGAUCAAGAAGUUGUAGAGAGUGUUCUACAGAAGAAUGAGCAUCGACUAGAAGACAGGAGGCUGCCCAGAUACUAUCCUCUGAAAGUCACCCCUUACUGUGAAAAUGUCUUCAGCUCUGUCACAGCUGUCCUCGAUAUGUCUGUUUUCAAAGAUAAAUUUGUUUUGGAGGAUCUAGUACAAGAACUUAAAGAGAAGAGCACAGCUUUGAGCUUUGGUUCUCUGCAAUCCAAUGGGCAUAUUUCUGUUCAAGGGUCAUUUCCAACAAUCAAAUGGCUAAGAGACUUUCUUUUACUAAAAGCAAAAUCCCUCUCGGAGGAUGAAAAUGAAGCAAGUAAGUCUCAUCAGAGACCGAAGAAGAGGCUGAACAAACACACACUCACCAGAGAGGUGAAUAAUUUUGGUCACGAUGCUGAAGGGGAAAAGCAAGUGGUUGUUCUUGACACGGAUAUAUACCACUACAUGAAGUGCUUCUUUGCCAAGGAACUCCUCACAAAUACUGAUGUUGUGAUUUCUGACAUCACUGAUGGUGAUAUAACUACACUGCAUCUUCAGAAAGGCAGAAGCAGGCCUGAUAGCAGCCAAGUAUUAAGAGUCAAGGAGAAAAUUGAAAAUCGGUCUAUCCAACUUCUUAACAGUUUACGUAAAGAAAGGAUCGGCUUUGAGAAGAGCACCAGAGAUAAGAAGAAAUACAGAUCGGUGUGUGAAAGUGUGAGAUCCCGCUACCCCGAUGUUUUGGUUAUUCCUUAUGAUACUCAUAUUGAUGUGAUAGGGAGUUCUUCUGCAGUUUUUGAAUUUACACAGGAAGUGAACAAAAAGAUUCAGAGCCCGUUUCAAAACAGGUAGAAAGAUAGCAUUCAUGUGUGAUGCACAUUGCGCUUGUAGUGAGCUGUUCUGGUGCAAACCUUCGUGUCACUUCAGGUCUGCCUCAUUUCUCUGACACGCAGUCUGGGAAUGCUGCAUCAGGAUGAAAAAGCCCAUUCCUCCCCAGAUACCAAACAAAGUUCAGAGCAAGGAACAAAUGAUCUUUGUAUCUCUGGUGAGCUUCAAGAUGGAAGAAAUGAAGUUUCUUCCGUCCAGACAGAGACACAUUCUUCCUUUCAUUUGCUGCAUUCUGGCCACAUGCACUCUUGUCUUGCUGUCAUGGAGCUUAUGAUGUGAAAAGAAGAAUUUUUGAAGAUUUUUCAUUAGCAUAAGAAAUGGUAACUGUAAAGCUGGGUGAACCAACCUGGUAUGAAAUCCUGCACAGAAGUUCACGUGUUUCUUUGUGCAGGGAGAUGACCACCAAAGAUAGGACUGGUGGCUUGCUGCUGCUGCCCUUAUCUGCAGAAGAAAGCUCUUGUUGAGAUGCACAAAGGUAGAACUUUAGUACUUGAGAAGAUGGAAUGCUUGAUAAAUCUGUAGGCUUCUCAUGUCCUGAAAAAGGCCUUGAAAGCCGGUGCCAGAAGUUCCUGAGAGAAGAAACUGAAUUUGUCUUUGUAGGAGCAAUAGCAGGUUUUUAUCCAGUAGUAACAGCAGCUGCAGCAUCCCUGGACAGCAUGUUACUUAGACAUGGAAGUACAUCCAUAAUUUUGAUGUAAAAUCUUGGCACAUUUAAACUUUUAAAUCAUACUCUAUUUAUACAGUUCUUAGGCCCAGUGUGGGAAUAGUUUUUCUGAUCUCAAUCAUCUAGUGGUGUAGAUACACCAGAUAGGAGCAGUCCCUUUUUUUUUCCUGUGCAAAACUGAUAAGUUAAUGCAAUAACUGGAAGUUGUAACUGAGAACAGGAACACUUUUAUCCUAUUAAUGCUUUCCAGUUGUGUUUUCCAGACCAUGUCAGAGGUUCAGACUGCGGAGAUGUCUGCCAUCUCCUGUAGGACAGGGCAGCCUGAUGAAGACUUAGUGUUAAUUACUUUCUAAAUUGAAUGCCUUAGAACACUGAAUAUUUCUUUUGUUAGCAGCUGUACACAUUUUCAGUUUUUGAUAGGUCGAGGUAUGCAUAUAGUUUUAAACAACAUCCUUAAGUCUACUGUUUGGACUUGUGUCUGCCUUGCCCUUUGCUUUCAUUUCUAGAGUUAAGUGCCUGGAGUUAAAACUGAGUGCUCACUACAGAAUUCCAUCUGAUUCACGCAUUAAAAUGGAGUGCUGUAAAAUUUCAGCCUCAUUCACUGAGAUUGGGGAUCAAGGCAGUCCCCAGGAACGUGACAGCUUAGAGCAUGUGUUUUAAAGUUAAACCUUUUCCAUGGAGAUCCAUUAUUAGUCCAAAUGUGCACCCUUUUGUGAUCUUUUUAGAAAGCCAAGUUGAAAGUGUGUUUUGUGAUUUCAGAAUGUGCAGAUUGCUAAGACUUACAGACCAUUAGUUCUUUUACAGGAAAACCUUAUGAAAUUGAAUUUAUGAUCCUAUUAAAGAAAUGUGUUUCAAAA